UGAUGGGGAGGUUUCCUCUAGGUAUUGUUUGAUCGAGGGUAGGGGUAGGAUGAUGUGCUAUAUAACGGAGGUACUAAUACUUUCGCAAUGGGCACUCCCAUGGAGUGUUUCAAUUGUAACGGAGAUGGCCAUUUCGCGAGAGAAUGCCCCAUCGCCAGAGGUAAUCCAAGCGUCUCAGGGAAUUCCGCAGCGGCACCAUCGACUCCUCGUUUCUGGACGCCUAGGCGGACUACUGAGGAUAACGAGGAACGUGAGUUCUUAAGGCAGAUCAUCCAGGAGAAGAAGGAUGAACAAGCAAGGAAGCGUGAGUUGGACGAGCAGAGGAAGUUUGAUGAUAUACUAAAGGCGGAGAUGGCAAGAUAUGCGGAGGCUACAAAGGUCGAAGUCAUGGCGACGGUUGGGCGACAGUAUUUAGGACAGAAGGACGAAGCCCGGAGGGAGGAGUUAAAAAGGGGGUGGUCUCCUCCUCCUAGGAGAAAAGAGAUGUGGAGGACAUUGAUUUGGAGAUCCGGCGAUUGGAACUUUUGCAAGAGAAGAGGCGCCGGGGGAAGAAGGCCGUACGUGGUGGAGUUAACUUCCAUCAGCCUUCCUUCUCUUCUGGGUCGGGAUCAGUGGAGGACUCGACGAUUAGAGGAGAGUGUUCGCGUGAUGGAGUUAGCCACGAUGAAGCAAGAUGAGCUUAAGAGGAUCUGCGCUAGGGAGGGCCUACAGUAUGACACGAAGGGACCGUCCAUCGAUCGUAUAGUGGCGGCCAGAGCUAAGAUUGCAUAUGAGGGCUUCAUUUUCUCACAGCGCCUUCUGCGCCUAGCUCCCCAGAGGGCGCUGCUUCUCAAUCUAGGUGACUGAGGGACUAUGCUUGUUUUAGGCUAUGGGAUAGUUUUCUACAUUGGAUGGGUUGUAGGCUACGGACCUUUAGGGAAGAUGCACCUGCGAGGAUUCGCCUUCUCUUUGAGAAAUGUAUCUCUUUGUAUUGUGUUGGGUUAUCUCUGCUCGGGGAGAUCAAAUAGAAUGUCAAAUUUCAAAGAAUGUUGUGUGCGGUUGAUUGGAACUGAUGGGAUCAUGGACGAGUUGUUUACCUGCUCGCAUCUCCAUGGUGCAAGUCAAAGUAUGUCGGGAGUUCGGUUAGGGGAAUCUUUGUUAGAUGGAAUGAACAUGUUCGUUCUUC